GACACGGCCAGAGCACUGAGAGAUAUCAGGUAUUGAUGUAACUGGAGUGAAUAAGGGAACCUUCUUCCUGAGCACAGACAUUGGAACCUGUUAUCAGCAUGAACUCAUAUGUGUUAGACAAACACAUGAAUAGUUCAUUUCCAUCCUUUACUCCAGGAAGCCUCAGAAUGAUACCACAAACUCCAAUAGUCUCAGACACCAAUGGCUAUUCACAAACAUUGGGGAUAGCACAGCAGAUAUUUAAAGAAGAUGGUGAAUUGGCAGGAACUUCGAAGCAAUCAUUAUGUACAGAGAGUAAUUUAGUCAUCAAACAAGAGGACAACAUUUAUGACUUAUCUAGUGGAAUUAUUAUUUCAGAGGAUAAACCACACACAUUUACUGAGUUUUCAAAACAUAUUAAAGAAGGGAAAAGUCUACAGUCUAGCCAAAUGAUUCAUACAAAGGAGAAACCUUUCAAAUCUACAGAAAGUGAGAAAAGCUUUAGAUGGAAGUCUAAUUUACUAGAACACCACAAAAUUCACACAGGUGAGAAACCAUACACAUGUACUGAGUGCGGCAAAUGUUUUACACAAAUGGAUCAUCUGAAAACUCAUAAAAAGAUUCACUCAGGAGAAAAGCCUUUCACAUGUACAGAGUGUGGAAAAAGUUUUACACGAAUGUAUUGUCUGAAAACUCAUGAAAGGACUCACUCAGGAGAAAAGCCUUUCACAUGUACAGAAUGUGGAAAAAGUUUUGCAGAAAAGAGUUAUCUGAAAACUCAUGAAAGGAUUCACACAGGAGAAAAGCCUUUCACAUGUACAGAGUGUGGAAAAAGUUUUGCAGAAAAGAGUUAUCUGAAAACUCAUGAAAGGAUUCACACAGGAGAAAAGCCUUUCACAUGUACAGAGUGUGGAAAAAGUUUUACAGAAAAGAGUCAUCUGAAACGUCAUGAAAGGAUUCACACAGGAGAAAAACCUUUCCCAUGUACAGAGUGUGGAACAUGUUUUACAGAAAAGAGGCAUCUGAAAAAGCAUGAAAAGAUUCACACAGGAGAAAAGCCUUUCACAUGUAUAGAGUGUGGAAAAAGUUUUACAGUAAAGAGUAGUCUGAAAACUCAUGAAAGGAUUCACACAGGGGAAAAGCCUUUCACAUGUACAGAGUGUGGAAAAUGUUUUACAGUAAAGAGUAGUCUGAAAACUCAUGAAAGGAUUCACACAGGGGAAAAGCCUUUCACAUGUACAGAGUGUGGAAAAAGUUUUGCAGAAAAGUUUAAUCUGAAAAAGCAUGAAAAGAUUCACACAGGGGAAAAGCCUUUCACAUGUACAGAGUGUGGAAAAAGUUUUACAGAAAAGAGUAGUCUGGAAACUCAUGAAAGGAGUCACACAGGAGAAAAGCCUUUCACAUGUACAGAGUGUGGAAAAAGUUUUACAGAAAGGAGUCAUCUGAAACGUCAUGAAAGGAUUCACACAGGGGAAAAGCCUUUCACAUGUACAGAGUGUGGGAAAAGUUUUACAGAAAAGGGUCAUCUGAAAAGUCAUGAAAGGAUUCACACAGGGGAAAAUCCUUUCACAUGUACAGAGUGUGGAAAAAGUUUUACAGAAAAGUUUAAUCUGAAAAAGCAUGAAAAGAUUCACACAGGAGAAAAGCCUUUCACAUGUACAGAGUGUGGAAAAAGUUUUACAGAAAAGAGUAGUCUGGAAACUCAUGAAAGGAGUCACACAGGAGAAAAGCCUUUCACAUGUACAGAGUGUGGAAAAAGUUUUACAGAAAGGAGUCAUCUGAAACGUCAUGAAUUGAUUCACACAGGAGAAAAACCUUUCCCAUGUACAGAGUGUGGAACAUGUUUUACAGAAAAGAGUCAUCUGAAAAGUCACAAAAGGAUUCACACAGGAGACAAGCCUUUCACAUGUACAGAGUGUGGAAAAUGUUUUACAGUAAAGUGUAGUCUGAAAACUCAUGAAAGGAUUCACACAGGAGAAAAGCCUUUCACAUGUACAGAGUGUGGAAAAAGUUUUACACAAAUGUAUUGUCUGAAAACUCAUGAAAGGACUCACUCAGGAGAAAAGCCUUUCACAUGUACAGAGUGCGGAAAAAGUUUUACACGAAUGUAUUGUCUGAAAACUCAUGAAAGGACUCACUCAGGAGAAAAGCCUUUCACAUGUACAGAGUGUGGAAAAUGUUUUACAGUAAAGAGUAAUCUGAAAACUCAUGAAAGGAUUCACACAGGAGAAAAGCCUUUCACAUGUACAGAGUGUGGAAAAAGUUUUAAAGAAAAUAGUAGUCUGGAAACUCAUGAAAGGAUUCACACAGGAGAAAAGCCUUUCACAUGUACAGAGUGUGGAAAAAGUUUUACACAUAUGAAUCAUCUGAAAACUCGUAAAAAGAUUCACUCAGUAGAAAAGCCUUUCACAUGUAAAGAGUGUGGAAAAAGAUUUACAGAAAAGAGUUAUCUGAAAACUCAUGAAAGGAUUCACACAGGAGAAAAACCUUUCACAUGUACAGAGUGUGGAACAUGUUUUACAGAAAAGAGUCAUCUGAAAAGUCACAAAAGUAGUCACACAGGGGAAAAGCCUUUUACAUGUACAGAGUGUGGAAAAUGUUUUACAGAAAAGAGUAGUCUGAAAAAGCAUGAAAUGAUUCACACAGGAGAAAUGACUUUCACAUGUACCGAGUGUGGAAAAAGUUUUACAGAAAAGAGUAGUCUGGAAACUCAUGAAAGGAGUCACACAGGAGAAAAGCUUUUCGCAUGUACAGAGUGUGGAAAAAGUUUUACAGAAAAGAGUGAUCUGAAAAAGUAUGAAAGGAUUCACACAGGAGAAAAGCCUUUCACAUGUACAGAGUGUGGGAAAAGUUUUACACAAAAGAGUGAUCUGAAAAGUCACAUAAGGAUUCACACAGGGGAAAAGCCUUUCACAUGUACAGAGUGUGGGAAAAGUUUUACACAUAUUAGUAAUCUGAAAAACCAUGAAAGGUUUCACACAGGGGAAAAGCCUUUCACAUGUACAGAGUGUGGAAAAUGUUUUACAGUAAAGAGUAGUCUGAAAAAGCAUGAAAGGAUUCACACAGGAGAAAAGCCUUUCACAUGUACAGAGUGUGGAAAAUGUUUUACAGUAAAGAGUGUUCUGGAAAAGCAUGAAAGGAUUCACACAGGAGAAAAGCCUUUCACAUGUAAAGAGUGUGGAAAAAGUUUUACACAAAAGAGUGAUCUGAAAAGUCACAUAAGGAUUCACACAGGGGAAAAGCCUUUCACAUGUACAGAGUGUGGGAAAAGAUUUACAGAAAAGAGUAGUCUGAAAAAGCAUGAAAGGAUUCACACAGGAGAAAAGCCUUUCACAUGUACAGAGUGUGGAAAAAGUUUUACAGAAAAGAGUAGUCUGAAAAAGCAUGAAAGGAUUCACACAGGAGAAAAGCCUUUCACAUGUACAGAGUGUGGGAAAACAUUCUCGUGCACUACUCAUCUGAAAACUCAUGAAAGGACUCACUCAGGAGAAAAGCCUUUCACAUGUACAGAAUGUGGAAAAAGUUUUACAGAAAAGAGUCAUCUGAAAACUCAUGAAAGGAUUCACACAGGAGAAAAGCCUUUCAUAUGUACAGAGUGUGGAAAAUGUUUUACUUCAAAGAGUAGUCUGAAAACUCAUGAAAGGAUCCACACAGGGGAAAAGCCUUUCACAUGUACAGAGUGUGGAAAAAGUUUUACAGAAAAGAGUCAUCUGAAAUGUCAUGAAAGGAUUCACACAGGAGAAAAACCUUUCACAUGUACAGAGUGUGGAAAAAGUUUUACAGAAAAGAGUAGUCUGGAAACUCAUGAAAGGAGUCACACAGGAGAAAAGCCUUUCACAUGUACAGAGUGUGGAAAAAGUUUUACAGAAAAGAGUUAUCUGAAAUGUCAUGAAAGGAUUCACACAGGAGAAAAACCUUUCCCAUGUACAGAGUGUGGAACAUGUUUUACAGAAAAGAGUCAUCUGAAAAGUCACAAAAGGAUUCACACAGGAGAAAAGCCUUUCACAUGUACAGAGUGUGGAAAAUGUUUUACAGUAAAGAGUAGUCUGAAAACUCAUGAAAGGAUUCACACAGGAGAAAAGCCUUUCACAUGUGCAGAGUGUGGAAAAAGUUUUACAAAAAAGAGUAAUCUGAAAAAGCAUGAAAAGAUUCACACAGGAGAAAAGCCUUUCACAUGUACAGAGUGUGGAAAAAGUUUUACAGAAAAGAAUAGUCUGGAAACUCAUGAAAGGAGUCACACAGGAGAAAAGCCUUUCACAUGUACAGAGUGUGGAAAAAGUUUUACAGAAAAGAGUCAUCUGAAACGUCAUGAAAGGAUUCACACAGGAGAAAAACCUUUCCCAUGUACAAAGUGUGGAACAUGUUUUACAGAAAAGAGUCAUCUGAAAAGUCACAAAAGGAUUCACACAGGAGAAAAGCCUUUCCCAUGUACAGAGUGUGGAAAAUGUUUUACAGUAAAGAGUAGUCUGAAAACUCAUGAAAGGAUUCACACAGGGGAAAAGCCUUUCACAUGUACAGAGUGUGGAAAAAGUUUUACAGAAAAGUUUAAUCUGAAAAAGCAUGAAAAGAUUCACACAGGAGAAAAGCCUUUCACAUGUACAGAGUGUGGAAAAAGUUUUGCAGAAAAGAGUAGUCUGGAAACUCAUGAAAGGAGUCACACAGGAGAAAAGCCUUUCACAUGUACAGAGUGUGGAAAAAGUUUUACAGAAAAGUUUAAUCUUAAAAAGCAUGAAAAGAUUCACACAGGAGAAAAGCCUUUCACAUGUACAGAGUGUGGAAAAAGUUUUACAGAAAAGAGUAGUCUGGAAACUCAUGAAAGGAGUCACACAGGAGUAAAGCCUUUCACAUGUACAGAGUGUGGGAAAAGUUUUACAGAAAAGGGUCAUCUGAAAAGUCAUGAAAGGAUUCACACAGGGGAAAAGCCUUUCACAUGUACAGAGUGUGGGAAAAGUUUUACAGAAAAGGGUCAUCUGAAAAGUCAUGAAAGGAUUCACACAGGGGAAAAGCUUUUCACAUGUACUGAGUGCGGCAAAUGUUUUACACAAAUGUAUUGUCUGAAAACUCAUGAAAUGACUCACUCAGGAGAAAAGCCUUUCACAUGUACAGAGUGUGGAAAAAGUUUUACACGAAUGUAUUGUCUGAAAACUCAUGAAAGGACUCACUCAGGAGAAAAGCCUUUCACAUGUACAGAGUGUGGAAAAUGUUUUACAGUAAAGAGUAAUCUGAAAACUCAUGAAAGGAUUCACACAGGAGAAAAGCCUUUCACAUGUACAGAGUGUGGAAAAAGUUUUAAAGAAAAUAGUAGUCUGGAAACUCAUGAAAGGAUUCACACAGGGGAAAAGCCUUUCACAUGUACAGAGUGUGGAAAAAGUUUUACACAUAUGAGUAAUCUGAAAAACCAUGAAAGUAUUCACAAGGGAAGAAACCUUUCGAAUGUUUAGAAAGUGAAAAAAAGGUUUUUAUUGAAAUCAAUUAUUAUAAAACACCAAAUAUAUAUUUUUUUAUAUUUCUGUUUAUUUUACAAUUACAUAAUACAUUUAAAGCAAAAAGCAUUUUCAUCACACAGGACAACAUCUAUUAUAACAAUAAUUUAAACACAACAAAAGAGUCCCAGGGUAUUUGAUCAAGUAUAAUACAUUAUAAAAUAACAUAAUAAAAAAAUAAAAAAAGAAAGCAGGAAAAAGAAGUCCAGUAUAAGCAUUAACGUCAUCCUGGAGAGAAAAAAAAAAAGAA